UCGUUGUUGAUUCAGCUCCUCUGUCCUGACAGGUAGCGUCACACCAUUACGGCCAUGACGAUGCCGAUGCGGCCGCCGCCGCCGGCCGCUGGCGUGCAGUCGAGCCGCCCGGCGGAGAACGUGCCCACCCAGCUGCUGACCCCGGAGGAGAACCAGCGCCUGUUCCGGCUGCUGGGCGAGCGCUGCCAGACGCUGGCCACCGCCAUCGUGCAGCUGUACUGCACCAGCCCGCCCACGCACACCGCCUGGAUCCGACACGACACGGGCGUCGUUUGCUUCGUGCGCGACAACUCGCGACGCGCCUACUUCCUGCAGCUCUACUCGGCCGACGCGCGCCUCUGGGAGCAGGAGCUCUACCAGAACUUCAAGUACAGCCGCACUCGGAAUUUCUUCCACACAUUUGAGGCUCACGAUUGCCGAGCGGGGCUCAACUUUGCCGAUGAGUCGGAGGCUGACCAGUUCGGUAGGCGCAUUGAAGAGCACCUGCACAACAAGCAGCUCAAGAAGGAGCAGCGCUUCCGGUCCCGUCAGAUGGGCGAAAGUCGCCACUCGAACGGCACCCUGCCACGCUCGGGCACCAUGCCUCAGCAGCGGCCAGCACCCACGCAACAGCUUGACCGUGGUCUGCCGCGAGGAAAGCAGAAGAGAAACAAACUGAGCAAGGCCGACAUCUCGCUGCCUACCAACUUCCAGCAUAUCUCGCAUGUUGGUUGGGACCCACACAAAGGCUUCGACCUGGAGAACGUCGACCCCAAUCUGAAACAGUUCUUCAACCGAGCUGGUGUGUCAGACACUCAGCUACAGGACCAGGACACGCGGAAGUUCAUCUACGACUUCAUCGACAAGCACGGCGGUGUAGAGGCGGCCAUCAAGGAGGUGCACCAGCUGGGUGUGCCGGGAGCGGCGCCCGGGCCGCCGCCACCGGUCCCCACUCGGCAGCCGCCGGCGUCCGGCCGGCCAACAGCCCCGCCGGCGCCGCCAGUCCGCUCCACACCGCCCCUGACGCACAGCGGCGCCGCGCCGCCGCCGCCGCCCAGCCGCACCCGGCAGGCGCCGCCGCAGCCGCCGUCCGCCGCCGCCAAGCCGGGCGCCCCAGCGCCGCCGCCCCCGCCGCCAGUACCCAGUUCAGCGCCUCCUCCUCCUCCGCCUCCGCCGCCGCCCCCGCCCGCGGGCGUACCGGCGCCGCCGCCGCCGCCCCCGCCGCCGUCAGCAGCCGCCAAACCGGGCCUGCCCGCGGUCUCUGACAGUCGCAGUCAGCUGCUGGACUCCAUCCGGGCGGGCACCACGCUGCGGCCUGUAGCGGCCUCCAAUGACACGGGAGGCAGCGGCGGCGGUAGCGGCGGCGGUGGCGGCCGGGAUGACCUGAUGGCACAGAUCCGCGGCGGUGCCACCCUGCGACACGUCACCGACAAACCGGCGCCUGCGCCCGCGGCCUCCGAGGCGCCGCCGCCCGGCCUGGCCGGCGCCCUGGCGCGCGCGCUGGCCGACCGGAAGCGCGUCAUCCAUUCCAGUGACGAAGACGAUGAUGACGACGAUGAGGAAGACGAUGAUGACGAGUGGGAGGACUAGAAGAAGCCGGAGGACGCUGGGGAUUGGUCGCCGCCGUGCACGCCGCGGUGAGAUCUGUCUGAGUCGCCAUCGUGCCUUCCCAUCCACCGGUGGGGCCGUUCCCAGGGUGAUGAAGCCCUGUCUCGGCCACAGUUCAGCGAUUGGGGCGGGAGUAUCGUGUUCGACCUCUGUAACGAUUGCAGUGCCCUGACGUCGGGGUUACAGUCUUAUUGCUUUGCAAGAUCGUAAGCAGGUUAAUCGCGGCGAAUCUAUAUUAAAGCGUUUGCUGAGUGGUGUGAUUGAAUGAAAAGGAGAUGAUUUGUUCAUUUACCACUGAGGCGAAUUUAAGGUGUCAGAGGAAUGUAUGUUGUAGCACUUUGUUAACGAUAUAUUAUAUAAUGCAUAUUCCUUGACUAGUCCUGUCUUUGGGGUAUUUUCGAAAGACGAUGGGCAAGAUGGCGAAUAUUGGCGGUAACAUCUAUGGUUUGUGAAUCAUACUUGCGAAAUAAAUCGUGUUCAGUGAUUAAAA